ACAGUCCCCUGACCCAAAGCAUUUUACGUAACUUAACAUGCAGUAUUAUCAUAGCAUAUGCAAUGCAUCCACUUACUCUGCUUAGUGAACAUGGUACAGGUUACAUUUCCCCUGUCACUUUUAUUUAAGAACAUCCCAACCUAAUGUCAACUUUUAUUUCCCUGGUCUACUAUUGAAACUCUCUCUUUCUGGUUAAGACUCCCAUGAUCCAUCUUUCCAAAGUCGAGCUUUGUAUUAUCUUUCCUAUAGUCAGUUCUGCGUGUUGUUGGGUAUAAAGAUAAUAAAUACAUUUAUUUCGUCUUUAUCUUCCUUUACCAUCUUGUGUAAUACAUUCCAUCCCAGUUAGAAUGGUGUGCUCUGUGAUUCCAACAAUGUGUCCCUGGUGCUAUAAGGUAAAACCUUUUCAUUACACGCCUGGCUAUUUUGGCCGAGAUAAUUCAACAAGUAUAUAUUUUUUUCCAGAAUGUUCCAUUUCACUGCUUUCUGUUUUCUCCAAAGCCAUGUCGAUUAGUCUUUAUAAAGUAUGUAAUUCAGUUGGCAUUGUUGUUCAUGCCUUGGCAUCCUAUUUGUGCUUGUGUGUGUCUUUUAGGCAUUAUGUUAGGGGACCCACCACCACCACUUCAUGUGUAUGCUGUUGGGGCUUUGUAAUGGUCCCUGGAGACCAGUCAUUUGAGCCAUGUGAAUAGCUUAAAGCUGGGGAACUGAAAGAUACUGUAAAUACAUGAAUCAUGAUACCCACACUGACGGCAUAUAGGGAAGGGGGAUACCUAGUCUGAAUGCAUUCAACCAAAAUGUGUCUUCCGCAUUUAAACACGAACCCCUUGGAAUCAGAGAGUAUGUGGGAAGGGAUGAAUGGGUUGAUGUUAGUGAUGACUGAGUCGGACACAAAAAUGUACCAUCCGGGAGGCAGCUGGCUCUUUGAAUAGCACACAAGAGGGACCUGUUAUAAUAGUGGGUGACCAGAGAUUACAUUACUACCAGUGAAGGACAUGGCCAUAUUUUGAAUGUAGAUUAAUAGUUGAGUUUAUUCAGCCAUUGUUAGAAAUGACUUUCAACAAUUCCCAGUGUGUUCUAUGUAACCUAAGUAGAAGGUUUACUGUAAGGACAUGAAUCCAUUGGCUCACACUGUGGCUGUCCUUGGUUUAAGGCUGUCAGACACUGUUUUCUGACCCAGAUUGGUACAUCACUUCUGCCAAAAUGUCUUCACUGGGGGUCCGACACUGCACCCCCCACUCGCUGGUUUUGCCCUCGUUUUCUUUGUGGCUGUAGAACAAUAUGGCUAAAUUUGGAAGGGACAAAGUGUAUUUCCGUGAAUUGGAUUUACUAUAGACCCAUUUUAACAGAUAUCUGUGCAGUCACAGGAUUAUGUGCACUGAAUAUACCACCUAUGUUAGCCUAAAGUACAGUCUGCUACUCUCCUGUAAAGCUGGCCUGUCCUUUAGCUCUGAUGGAUAGUCACUCAGGGACCAGGGGACUGUGGUAGUGAACCAGAACCAUGGCCUCCAUUCCUGUCAGCCUCCUCCUCCUCUCCACAACAUGCUGCUUCUUUACAGUCACAGAAGGGAGAUGAACCAGCGUUGAACGUUAAGCCAACGGCUAUGUUCCAUUGAAGAAAGAGAAAGAAAGGAAAACCGUUGGCGUUAUUGCAUUCUGGCAGUUUUUCACUUGUUUGUUGUGGUCUGCAUUUGGAGUGAGCUGUUAAAAUAUUAAGAGGCAUGUAUUUCAGGGAAUGAGCUCAUUUCACCUUGCAAACUUGCAUUAAGGCAAGAAUAAGGCAAGCCCAGUGCAGUAAAGCUGUUGCCCAGGGCGACUUCUGCUGCUCUCCGUGGGCUGUUUGGGUUGUUAGCCUUGCUCUGUGAGCCUAAAGCACAUUUUCCACCAGCCACACCCCUUAGCACCAUCUCAAUGAGUUGACUGUCAUGGGAUCAUGGGACCUGCUGCUAGGAAAGGCUUCUUUGAGAAAGGACAGAAAAGUCUUUCUGUUGCACACCAUGUGAAAAGACACUUCUCUCUUCUGAUUGAGUUCAGUGUAUUCCUUCUCCACAGUGGUGGUGGUAGAUAGCGGCGGAGCUGUGAAGUUCCCCAUUGCUGGUCCCUAUAGAACCUGUACCAAGUCCCUGUCCUAUUCUUCUCUGCUGGCAGAUGGAGAGAUAUAGAAAGAAAAAAGAAAGGGAUAGUGAUCAAAAGAUCAGGGACUAACAGAGAACAAGUGAAAGCAGUGAGGGACAGGGUUCCCUGUAGCUGAAAGGAAUGGCAGCAGUUCACACUCACAGACAAUGAACAGCAGCCCUGUGGUGUCUCAGAGAAAGAGAGAAGGAGAGAGGGGAGGGAAAGGGAGGGGGAGGGAGUAAUGGAUGAAGAGCAAGCGAGUUGGGAGUCGGGAGUCAGAGAGAGCGAGAGAGAGGAAUCGCAGGCAGUAGUACUUUGAACAGUCCAGACAAUGGAAGGACACCACUCAGAGCAUCUCUAGGAUUGUGUGUGGACCGUCCGUUUGCCUGAACACCUUGAGUGGAGUAUCUGAGUUAAAGCAGAAGGGAGCUGCCUGCCGUUAGACUCGAGGAGUGACAAGCAGACUGUGUGCCUGGAGAGCUGCGGUCUCAAAGCUUUCAUGCCGGCAGCAUAGGAGUUUAACCUGGAGACUUGCAGCAGGUCUUAAAAGCCGCGUGAAGUAGUGGACUCUGGAUACUUGCUAGAUUUGUUCCUAAUCUGAAGUGUACUGGCUGUGGACAGGACUGAAGUGUGUGUGUGCUGUGAGGACUAAAGUGUGUGUGUACAGUAUGUUCUGUGUAGAAUGACAGGAUCAGCACUCUGGGUACACUCUGACAGGACAGGGUCAGGGGUUGUAGUAGCGUUUCUAUAGGUUAACAACGUAUUGGUUACGUUAGAUUGUUUUGCAUUAGAUAUCUCUGUAUUGAUGACUUAAAUCUACUGUAUCUAUUACAUCAUUUCGGCACAGAAAUAAUUGAUUCUCAAGAUUGGCCUGGAAGCAGUGAGUGGCCUAUUUAAAUAUUGAAAUGAUUUGCAGUUAAUUUGAAGGAUACUAGACCAACUGUUUGAGUGGUGAUGGCAGAUGGCUGCACAGGGGGACAGAUUAUUUUUGCUGGAAAGUUUUAAUAUUCAGCUUUGAGUUAAAUGAAUGAUGUUGAUCCCAAGUCAUGCAAGCUUGUGACCAUUUACAGCCUAAAUCGUUCGGAUUAACUCAAAGGUGCAUGUUUUGAGUUAGCGUUGAUCAGAAUUAGUUACUUCAUGUAUUAGAUUAAGUAGUUUACAGGUCCAGAGUGAAUGCCCCAUCUCAGCACUUACCCAUCCCACUCAAGUGUUUUCUGUUUCAGGAUUCACAUGUAGACAUUGAGUUAAUUCUAAGCACAGCUAGUAACCUUGAUUGAUUCAUCAUAGCCAUCUAAAGCUAAUUACUGUCACUCUGUUUUCAAUUAUCACCGCUGUCUGUCAUUCCUCUCUGCCACCAUGGGUUUCCUGAUUCACACAUGUAAUCCAGGUGGGAGACUCCUGCCUGGUGCGAGUGUGAUCUGCUGACCGUGUGGAGAAGUGGCGAGAAACUGUGAUGGGCCACGGAUGAACUGUCUCAAUCAUUCUUCUCCUGCUGCUCCGUGCGAGUUCUAAAGAACUUUUCUCUGGGAGAGAAACCCCCCAACUGCUGUGAUACGCUUCUCUCUCGUUUGAGAUCCUCUCCCUCAUAAACAACUGGAGCAAAUUAGUGGGAGGAGGAAUCAGCAAGCUUGCAACUUUAGACAGAAUAGCCUAUUUCCUGUUUCAAGGGAACUCAUCUUGUGUAAAUAGAAUGUAAUAUAUGGAGCGUUUUUGUCUAAGCAGAACAAUGUUACAUGUGUGGCUGUUCUCGACUCUGUUGAAUGUAUUUCUGGUUUUGAGCUGGUAACCAGAGCAGAGUGGACACAGCACUCUAGCUGUUAACUAGGAGAGGGGACCAGAAGCCCCUCGCCCCCUGAGACCCAGUGGUCUUUAACUCGAUCCCAGGUGAAAGUGGUUUGGCCCCUGCUGUUGUGCGGGAGCCAACGCCUGCCCACUGUGGUGCCACCGUCACGCUGUCUCCCCUGCCCUCGUGGUGCUGGUGCGCUAGGUUCUGCUGGCCCAGGAUGAUGUGGCAGUGCCAUGUGUCGUCGUCGGAGUGCCGCUGCUACCGGCUCAAAGGCUUCUCCCUGCUCAAGCGCUUCCCUCUGUCUGCAGGUGGGGCGGCUGGGCGGCUGCUGGACCAGCCAGUGGGAGACUGGCUGGAACACGUGGGGCUGCCGCAGUACGAGAGCAAGCUGCUGCUCAAUGGCUUUGACGACCUGCACUACAUGGGCAGUAAUGUGAUGGAGGAACAGGACCUGAGGGAGAUAGGCAUCACUGACCCAGGACAUCGGAGGAAGAUCCUGCAUGCAGCUCGGUCCCUGCCAAAGGUGAAGGCCCUGGGCUGUGACGGCAGCAUCUCUCUCUCCUCCUGGCUGGACCUCCUGGGCCUGCAGGAGUACCUCCACAACUUCCUGUCCAGCGGAUACCGCAGCCUCGACUGUGUCAAGAACCUGUGGGAGCUGGAGAUUGUCAAAGUACUGAAAAUCACCCUGCUGGGACACAGAAAGCGCAUCAUCGCCUCGCUGGCAGAACGGCCCUAUGAGGAACCUCCUGUCAAGCCCCCCCGCCUGUCCCAGAUCAGGUGUCAGGACCUUGUAUCCCAGACCUCCUCUCCCAUCAGUCACAUGGACUCCUAUGCAGGUCGUUCCAUGGACCCCCUCCUGCCGUUGGGGGAGCCUGGGAGGAGGAAGGGGCCUGACCCAGCUUACGAUGUGGACCCCCACCGGCCACGCAGUGGAAGACACCGCUCACAUGAGAGGUAUGAGGAGCGGCAUCGGGAGCCCCGUCUGACCCUGCGACCCCCCAGCCUGGCAGCACCUUACACCCCUGUACAGAACUGGCACCACCAGCCUGAGAAGCUCAUCUUUGAGUCCUGUGACUAUGAAGCCAAUUACCUGGGAUCUAUGCUCAUCAAGGAGCUACGUGGUACAGAGUCCACCCAGGACGCCUGUGCCAAAAUGAGGAGGUCGACAGAGCAGAUGAGGAAAGUCCCCACCAUCGUCCUCUCCAUCACAUACAAAGGGGUGAAGUUCAUUGACGCAGCCAAUAAGAACAUCAUAGCUGAGCAUGAGAUCCGGAACAUCUCGUGUGCGGCCCAGGACCCAGAGGAUCUGUGCACGUUUGCCUACAUCACCAAGGACCUGCAAACCAACCACCACUACUGCCAUGUGUUCAGCACAGUGGACGUGAACCUGACCUAUGAGAUUAUCCUGACGCUGGGACAAGCUUUUGAGGUGGCCUAUCAGCUGGCUCUCCAGGCCCAGAGGACCAAACAGCACCAGGGCAUCCCAGCAGGACCUGGGACAGAGGUCAUCGAGACCAAAUCCAGCCGGCCUGUUCCUAAACCACGGGGCAGCGUAAAAAAAUUAGGGGUGGACCCGUUGGAGCUGGUGGGGGACUCCCAGUCCCAGGGCAGUGCCACGUGGCUGGUGGACCCCGUUCCCAAGGACUCCAAGAGGACCAUCAGCACUAAGCCUGACCCCUGCUCUCCUGUCUCCCUCCACCUCCUUUCCUUUCCUCUGCCACUGUUGGACCCUGCUGUCUGAGAGUUAGUCUACCACAUCUACCUUCUGCUCUCCUCGCCACUGUGUUAUCUUCCCCCAACCACAGCUCUGACUGUGGGGACUAACUGUUACUGGACCGCUCUCCUAACUGGAACACGUACCUCUUCCUUCCCUCUAAUUAAUAAGUCCUGCCAACUACUGGGCCCUGAAUCCUUCCAACCUUCUCUAUGAUUGUGAAGCAAUCAUCAUCCGUUCCCCAGGCAUUUACUAUAGUUCCUCUUGCCUUUGUGACCAAGAAGCAUGAGACCUUAUCCUUCUGCAACAUUCCCUCUGUUUUGUUUUCUCAUGAACCCUGUGCUUCCUCACAUUCACAUUGGCACUGCAUUAGCCCUGCUUUCAAUUUUGUAAUGUAUGGUGCUGUUAUUUGUAGCAUUUACCAAUGCUAGUAGGCUCAGUGGCAUUAUCUGACCGAUCCAGUACAGUAGCUGUGAAGUGUGUAAGACAGCUAAUGUAAUCCACGAGUCACUGAUUAAGUUUGUUCAGUGGUAGCGAUCUCCAUUCUACCUACAGUACCUUCUCACCACUCUAAUUUACCUCUUACUCACAAACUACUAUCCCCCAAACUCUCUUAGAACAAUCCUUCAUUUUUCCUUCUAUAUAUCCCUCCUUUCUUUUUCAUUCCUUUAACUCAUCAAUGUUGUUUUCUCCUCUGGGUGCUUUUCCUGCUCUACCAGGCGACGGCCACUGUGAGAUGCUCUUGAAGAAUUUUCCCUCCUUGUUUUCUGAACAAUAAUCUCCUGACUCCAGUGCUCAGAAAAAAAUAUAUGAUUCUCUACAGCGAAGGAUCAACUACCUGGAUGAACAUUGUUUUCUAGAAGAAUCUGUAAGAGACCGGCUGUUCCAUUGUUCCAACUCUACACACAUUAGUAGGAACAUUGCCUGUUUCCCUGCAAGGGGAUGGAUGACAACCUUGUUGCACAGGGCUAAACCCUAAACCCAUCCCCCCCUGGGAUUGGUCCAUUUGGGUUAACAGGGGGAAGGGCACGUACAUGCGUAUCCUGUCAGACUUAUUUACAUUCUUUGUGUCGGUUUACCGGAAACUCUCUGGGAAAACUGGCCCUCUGUGUCAGGCUGCCAAAGGAGGCUAGUGUCCAGCACUGUGAUAGGAGAUCUCUAUUGGGAUCUAAUGGAGUUAACAUUGACGGGGCCUUUUUUUAGGGAACAACAGUGGGCAGGAUAGGACACAGAGGCUCACACAGAAUAUAGUGUCCUAUGUAGAGGUGCUCACUGUUAUAGACAGACAGCCUAGUGGGACAUCUAUUUGAGCAUGCCUUUCUCUGUUUAUGACUGAGAUUACGUUGAUUUAAAAUCUAGUGCAAUCCUAAUUUGGAGUGUCAUGUGCACUUUUUGUGAAUGCUUGGAUGCUGGGGAAAUAUUGUGUGCAUCCAAGAUGAUAUGAAGAGAAAUUGAAUUGACUGUUCAUUUAAUAGAGUAGGAACCAAAGAGAUGCCAAAAUGCGUGAAUUCUGCUCUAGCCACCCGUAAUAGACCUGGGUGAUGGUCUUAGGGUAAUAACUCAGCCUAGCUGGUACAUCAGUCAAUAUAGAGCUGAUUAGUGCCAGUAACCUUAAUGACGAGGAAGAGAGCGCAUCAAAUCUCUCAGUGGAGAGGAGAGGUUAUAUGAAGUACGUAGAAAAUAAAAAAUAAACAUUGUUCACAAUCCAAGCAUGUCUUAAUGGACUGAAAGAGGAAGGCAUUAGGUUGGCAAGGCACUGAUUCUACAUAUAGACAUAAUAAAAGUACAUCAUUACUUACUGUUGCUGUGCUAGGUUCAGCUCAUUAAGUGUUCAAAUCACUGUUCACAUCCAUCUGAAAUUCAAACUCAUCGCCAUAUUCCAAAUAGUGUUAAGACCCAAUCAACCUUAAACCCAGCGGAAUGGGGGCUUUCCUUUCCUUCUUUUCCUUUUCAGAGCUCAUGCCUUCUUGAUGUUCUGUUGUCAUUAAUGGAUGUCUGUCUGUGUUUGAUUUAGAAUCCACCCUGCCUCAGUCAAUAUUCAGAGUGCUAACAUUGAAGCGGCAGUUGAUCAUUAUCUAGAAAAAUCCAUCAUUUUUAUAUCUCCUCCAUUUAGUUGGCUCCGUCAUGUUUUUACAUUAUUUUAACCCCAGUGCUGUGUUGGUGUGUAUCUCCCUUCCAUGUAGCUGACUACCAUGACCAGACACCCAGCCAGAGUGAGAGGUCAGGGGUGCUCAGACCAAUGGUAUUUUGUUGUGGGGCAGGAUGCCCUUUUGGAACCAAGAGAAAGGCCAGGCCCAUUUUCCAUGCACCUCUCCACCCACUGGGGGUCGUGCUUGCAUACACCAGGAAGGCCCUACCUGCUCUCUGCCGCCCCCGGCCCUCUCCUCAUCCUCCACUUCUUCAGCUCCAGGGGUCAGCGCUGUAGCUCUGUAGCAGACAGACAGGAAGUCAGCUAUUUGCUUCUUCCACCCUAUCCUGUCCUUUGACCACUGUGACUGACUGCCCCAAGGCAGUAAACCGAAUCAACCAACACCCUCACUGCAUCCACAUACAUAUACUGAACAAUGGACUCAAUAUGUCAAAACUUGGUCAAUAAUCUAGAGAUCACAAAGGUGGGUGUUUGUUUGGUACAUGUCCCUCUUUCAUUGUGAAGCACUCAACUUCAACAUCCCUCAUCUGUUUUUGGUACCAAUUAAACAUGUUUAUCCUUUACAGGCCUGUGAAUGCUGUUCAGACAGACAGUGUAUUCUAUUUAUGGGUACGAGAGUGACAAGUUCCCAGUUGUUGUUUUUUGGCAGACAUUUUGUGACUUGUUUAUCCAUUCCAUGAGAGGAGAAGAUGGUUACCUCCUCUAGAUUGGUGCCUCAAACAACUCCUCCUCAGAGAGGCCUUUCCCAUACACUUAAAUGUGUCUUCACUGAGGGCUACGCUAAGCUACUCUUUACUCUGACAGUGAUAGUAAUCAACAUAAAUUAUAGAUUUUUGAGCAGAGAAAAUUGAGAUCCUACCUGACUAUCUCAAUGCAAUACCUAUGGGAAAUGAGAGACAAAUUUGAGAAGAAUUGGGUAAAAUGAUUACAAUGUGAGAUGCAGCAGUACACUCACAGGCUCUCUCCUGUCCAUCCAUCCAAGCACCAGGUCAGCGACAUCAAAGCAUCUCUUAUUUUCAUUUCCUCAUUCAUAACAUACAGAACUGUGAUAAAUAAUGGAAUAGUGUGCGGGAGGAAUUUUGGACGGCUGUUAAACUGACAAUACAGAUCAUAUUUAAACAGGGUGAAUGGCUUUUAUUUGAUAAAAAUAAUAAUAAUGUAUUGUCUUUUUGUACGUUUUAACUGUCCUGAUGCUGGAUACUAUAUGACCAGGCUGGUGUUAGGAGGUAGUCCUACUGAUUGCAUUUUAUUCCCCCUCCCUUUAUUUCUGAAUUAAUUUUGAACUAGUCAAACCACGAAACGAGUCAUAUAAGAUUUUAUGUACAAUAAUGUACCAAGCAUUUUCUCCCCAUACGCCAUCUCUCCUGGUACUCUGUGGGCAGCUAGUGAUGAACCUCUGUUGGUAUGUUGACUAGUUAUGGUACACUCAAUAUGGUACACUGGCUUCAGCUUGUUGAUAGCUCCUGCAGCCAUCAACCUGGUCCCAUCUUCGCGUUUGCACAUUUACUAAGGAUCAUUGGUAGUACAAUGUGACUAUUCUGAUGAUAUUGAUGACUAUAAUGAUUAGAACAAUAUUGGAUUGUAAAUUAAUCUCUAGCAGUCUGUAUUUUGAUACUUGAAUGAUUUUGCUUUUAUAGAUAUCUAUAUAUAUAUAUAUAUGUAUAUAUAUAUAUGUAUGUAUGUAUGUAUGUAUGUAAUUUUUUGCCACAUUUGUCGUAAAGAGAAAAAGGACUGUGUCUUAUAAAGUUCAACAUAUCAUGAUACCCAAUGAUUGAAAACAGAGAAAGAACUUAGAGUGACCGCACUAAAGAAAGAAAGAAAAAGAUUGUAAAUAAUCUUGGGCUUCCAGUCUUUUUAUGAUUAUUAUUUUUCAUAAUUGUACAACUAAUAAAUGAAGAAAUGAUGAA